AUGGGGAAGCGGCAGAGGGAGGAGGGAGAGCGGAAGGAGGAGGAAGAGAAGGUGGAGCGCGAGAAGGAGGAGAGGCGGCAGUGGGAGGAGGAAGAGCAGAAGAGGGUGGAGGAAAAAAAGACAGAGCGCGAAAAGGAGGAGACUCGGCAGAGAGAGGAGGAAGCGCGGAAGAGGGAGGAGGAACGGGUUGAGCGCGAAAAAGAGGAGAAGCGGCAGAGGGAGAAGGAAGAGCGGCAGAGGGAGGAUGAGAGAAGCGCGGAGCGCGAACAGGAGAAGAAGCGGCAGAGGGAGGAGGGAGAGCGGAAGGAGGAGGAAGAGAAGGUGGAGCGCGAGAAGGAGGAGAGGCGGCAGCGGGAGGAGGAAGAGCAGAAGAGGGUGGAGGAAAAAAAGACUGAGCGCGAAAAGGAGGAGACUCGGCAGAGAGAGGAGGAAGCGCGGAAGAGGGAGGAGGAACGGGUUGAGCGCGAAAAAGAGGAGAAGCGGCAGAGGGAGAAGGAAGAGCGGCAGAGGGAGGAUGAGAGAAGCGCGGAGCGCGAACCAGAGAAGAAGCGGCAGAGGGAGGAGGGAGAGCGGAAGGAGGAGGAAAAGAAGGUGGAGCGCGAGAAGGAGGAGAGGCGGCAGCGGGAGGAGGAAGCGCAGAAGAGGGAAAAGCGGCAGAGGGAGAAGGAAGAGCGGCAGAGGGAGGAUGAGAGAAGCGCAGAGCGCGAACCGGAGAAGAAGCGGCAGAGGGAGGAGGGAGAGCGGAAGGAGGAGGAAGAGAAGGUGGAGCGCAAGAAGGAGGAGAGGCGGCAGCGGGAGGAGGAAGCGCAGAAGAGGGUGGUGGAAAAAAAGACAGCGCGCGAAAAGGAGGAGAAUCGGCAGAGAGAGGAGGGAGCGCGGAAGGAGGAGGAGGAACGGGUUGAGCGCGAAAAAGAGGAGAAGCGGCAGAGGGAGAAGGAAGAGCGGCAGAGGGAGGAUGAGAGAAGCGCGGAGCGCGAACCGGAGAAGAAGCGGCAGAGGGAGGAGGGAGAGCGGAAGGAGGAGGAAGAGAAGGUGGAGCGCGAGAAGGAGGAGAGGCGGCAGCGGGAGGAGGAAGAGCAGAAGAGGGUGGAGGAAAAAAAGACUGAGCGCGAAAAGGAGGAGACUCGGCAGAGAGAGGAGGAAGCGCGGAAGAGGGAGGAGGAACGGGUUGAGCGCGAAAAAGAGGAGAAGCGGCAGAGGGAGAAGGAAGAGCGGCAGAGGGAGGAUGAGAGAAGCGCGGAGCGCGAACCAGAGAAGAAGCGGCAGAGGGAGGAGGGAGAGCGGAAGGAGGAGGAAAAGAAGGUGGAGCGCGAGAAGGAGGAGAGGCGGCAGCGGGAGGAGGAAGCGCAGAAGAGGAAGCGGCAGAGGGAGAAGGAAGAGCGGCAGAGGGAGGAUGAGAGAAGCGCGGAGCGCGAACCGGAGAAGAAGCGGCAGAGGGAGGAGGGAGAGCGGAAGGAGGAGGAAGAGAAGGUGGAGCGCGAGAAGGAGGAGAGGCGGCAGCGGGAGUUGGAAGCGCAGAAGAGGGUGGUGGAAAAAAAGACAGCGCGUGAAAAGGAGGAGAAUCGGCAGAGAGAGGAGGGAGCGCGGAAGGAAGAGGAGGAACGGGUUGAGCGCGAAAAAGAGGAGAAGCGGCAGAGGGAGAAGGAAGAGCGGCAGAGGGAGGAUGAGAGAAGCGCGGAGCGCGAACCGGAGAAGAAGCGGCAGAGGGAGGAGGGAGAGCGGAAGGAGGAGGAAGAGAAGGUGGAGCGCGAGAAGGAGGAGAGGCGGCAGCGGGAGGAGGAAGAGCAGAAGAGGGUGGAGGAAAAAAAGACAGCGCGCGAAAAGGAGGAGAAUCGGCAGAGAGAGGAGGGAGCGCGGAAGGAGGAGGAGGAACAGGUUCAGCGCCAAAAAGAGGAGAAGCGGCAGAGGGAGGUGGAAGCACGAAAGGAGGAGGAGGAACGGGUGGAGCGCGAAAAGGAGGAGGAACGGAAAAGGGAGGAGGACAAAAUGGCUCAGCGCGGAAUAGAGGAGAAGAGGCAGAGCGAGGAGGGCGAGCGAAAGAGGGAGGAGGAGGGGAAGGAGGAUCGCGAACAAAAGGAGAAGCUGCAGAGGGAGGAGGAACGGGUUGAGCGCGAAAAAGAGGAGAAGCGGCAGAGGGAGAAGGAAGAGCGGCAGAGGGAGGAUGAGAGAAGCGCGGAGCGCGAACAGGAGAAGAAGCGGCAGAGGGAGGAGGGAGAGCGGAAGGAGGAGGAAAAGAAGGUGGAGCGCGAGAAGGAGGAGAGGCGGCAGCGGGAGGAGGAAGAGCAGAAGAGGGUGGAGGAAAAAAAGACAGAGCGCGAAAAGGAGGAGAAUCGGCAGAGAGAGGAGGAAGCGCGGAAGAGGGAGGAGGAACGGGUUGAGCGCGAAAAAGAGGAGAAGCGGCAGAGGGAGAAGGAAGAGCGGCAGAGGGAGGAUGAGAGAAGCGCGGAGCGCGAACAGGAGAAGAAGCGGCAGAGGGAGGAGGGAGAGCGGAAGGAGGAGGAAAAGAAGGUGGAGCGCGAGAAGGAGGAGAGGCGGCAGCGGGAGGAGGAAGAGCAGAAGAGGGUGGAGGAAAAAAAGACAGAGCGCGAAAAGGAGGAGAAUCGGCAGAGAGAGGAGGAAGCGCGGAAGAGGGAGGAGGAACGGGUUGAGCGCGAAAAAGAGGAGAAGCGGCAGAGGGAGAAGGAAGAGCGGCAGAGGGAGGAUGAGAGAAGCGCGGAGCGCGAACAGGAGAAGAAGCGGCAGAGGGAGGAGGGAGAGCGGAAGGAGGAGGAAGAGAAGGUGGAGCGCGAGAAGGAGGAGAGGCGGCAGUGGGAGGAGGAAGAGCAGAAGAGGGUGGAGGAAAAAAAGACAGAGCGCGAAAAGGAGGAGACUCGGCAGAGAGAGGAGGAAGCGCGGAAGAGGGAGGAGGAACGGGUUGAGCGCGAAAAAGAGGAGAAGCGGCAGAGGGAGAAGGAAGAGCGGCAGAGGGAGGAUGAGAGAAGCGCGGAGCGCGAACCGGAGAAGAAGCGGCAGAGGGAGGAGGGAGAGCGGAAGGAGGAGGAAAAGAAGGUGGAGCGCGAGAAGGAGGAGAGGCGGCAGCGGGAGGAGGAAGCGCAGAAGAGGGUGGUGGAAAAAAAGACAGCGCGCGAAAAGGAGGAGAAUCGGCAGAGAGAGGAGGAAGCGCGGAAGAGGGAGGAGGAACGGGUUGAGCGCGAAAAAGAGGAGAAGCGGCAGAGGGAGAAGGAAGAGCGGCAGAGGGAGGAUGAGAGAAGCGCGGAGCGCGAACCGGAGAAGAAGCGGCAGAGGGAGGAGGGAGAGCGGAAGGAGGAGGAAGAGAAGGUGGAGCGCGAGAAGGAGGAGAGGCGGCAGCGGGAGGAGGAAGCGCAGAAGAGGGUGGUGGAAAAAAAGACAGCGCGCGAAAAGGAGGAGAAUCGGCAGAGAGAGGAGGGAGCGCGGAAGGAGGAGGAGGAACGGGUUGAGCGCGAAAAAGAGGAGAAGCGGCAGAGGGAGAAGGAAGAGCGGCAGAGGGAGGAUGAGAGAAGCGCGGAGCGCGAACCGGAGAAGAAGCGGCAGUGGGAGGAGGGAGAGCGGAAGGAGGAGGAAGAGAAGGUGGAGCGCGAGAAGGAGGAGAGGCGGCAGCGGGAGGAGGAAGAGCAGAAGAGGGUGGAGGAAAAAAAGACAGCGCGCGAAAAGGAGGAGAAUCGGCAGAGAGAGGAGGGAGCGCGGAAGGAGGAGGAGGAACAGGUUCAGCGCCAAAAAGAGGAGAAGCGGCAGAGGGAGGUGGAAGCGCGAAAGGAGGAGGAGGAACGGGUGGAGCGCGAAAAGGAGGAGGAACGGAAAAGGGAGGAGGACAAAAUGGCUCAGCGCGGAAUAGAGGAGAAGAGGCAGAGCGAGGAGGGCGAGCGAAAGAGGGAGGAGGAGGGGAAGGAGGAUCGCGAACAAAAGGAGAAGCUGCAGAGGGAGGAGGAACGGGUUGAGCGCGAAAAAGAGGAGAAGCGGCAGAGGGAGAAGGAAGAGCGGCAGAGGGAGGAUGAGAGAAGCGCGGAGCGCGAACCGGAGAAGAAGCGGCAGAGGGAGGAGGGAGAGCGGAAGGAGGAGGAAGAGAAGGUGGAGCGCGAGAAGGAGGAGAGGCGGCAGCGGGAGGAGGAAGCGCAGAAGAGGGUGGUGGAAAAAAAGACAGCGCGCGAAAAGGAGGAGAAUCGGCAGAGAGAGGAGGGAGCGCGGAAGGAGGAGGAGGAACGGGUUGAGCGCGAAAAAGAGGAGAAGCGGCAGAGGGAGAAGGAAGAGCGGCAGAGGGAGGAUGAGAGAAGCGCGGAGCGCGAACAGGAGAAGAAGCGGCAGAGGGAGGAGGGAGAGCGGAAGGAGGAGGAAAAGAAGGUGGAGCGCGAGAAGGAGGAGAGGCGGCAGCGGGAGGAGGAAGAGCAGAGGGUGGAGGAAGAAAAGACAGAGCGCGAAAAGGAGGAGAAUCGGCAGAGAGAGGAGGAAGCGCGGAAGAGGGAGGAGGAACGGGUUGAGCGCGAAAAAGAGGAGAAGCGGCAGAGGGAGAAGGAAGAGCGGCAGAGGGAGGAUGAGAGAAGCGCGGAGCGCGAACAGGAGAAGAAGCGGCAGAGGGAGGAGGGAGAGCGGAAGGAGGAGGAAGAGAAGGUGGAGCGCGAGAAGGAGGAGAGGCGGCAGCGGGAGGAGGAAGAGCAGAAGAGGGUGGAGGAAAAAAAGACUGAGCGCGAAAAGGAGGAGACUCGGCAGAGAGAGGAGGAAGCGCGGAAGAGGGAGGAGGAACGGGUUGAGCGCGAAAAAGAGGAGAAGCGGCAGAGGGAGAAGGAAGAGCGGCAGAGGGAGGAUGAGAGAAGCGCGGAGCGCGAACCGGAGAAGAAGCGGCAGAGGGAGGAGGGAGAGCGGAAGGAGGAGGAAAAGAAGGUGGAGCGCGAGAAGGAGGAGAGGCGGCAGCGGGAGGAGGAAGCGCAGAAGAGGGUGGUGGAAAAAAAGACAGCGCGCGAAAAGGAGGAGAAUCGACAGAGAGAGGAGGAAGCGCGGAAGAGGGAGGAGGAACGGGUUGAGCGCGAAAAAGAGGAGAAGCGGCAGAGGGAGAAGGAAGAGCGGCAGAGGGAGGAUGAGAGAAGCGCGGAGCGCGAACCGGAGAAGAAGCGGCAGAGGGAGGAGGGAGAGCGGAAGGAGGAGGAAGAGAAGGUGGAGCGCGAGAAGGAGGAGAGGCGGCAGCGGGAGGAGGAAGAGCAGAAGAGGGUGGAGGAAAAAAAGACAGCGCGCGAAAAGGAGGAGAAUCGGCAGAGAGAGGAGGGAGCGCGGAAGGAGGAGGAGGAACAGGUUCAGCGCCAAAAAGAGGAGAAGCGGCAGAGGGAGGUGGAAGCGCGAAAGGAGGAGGAGGAACGGGUGGAGCGCGAAAAGGAGGAGGAACGGAAAAGGGAGGAGGACAAAAUGGCUCAGCGCGGAAUAGAGGAGAAGAGGCAGAGCGAGGAGGGCGAGCGAAAGAGGGAGGAGGAGGGGAAGGAGGAUCGCGAACAAAAGGAGAAGCUGCAGAGGGAGGAGGAACGGGUUGAGCGCGAAAAAGAGGAGAAGCGGCAGAGGGAGAAGGAAGAGCGGCAGAGGGAGGAUGAGAGAAGCGCGGAGCGCGAACAGGAGAAGAAGCGGCAGAGGGAGGAGGGAGAGCGGAAGGAGGAGGAAAAGAAGGUGGAGCGCGAGAAGGAGGAGAGGCGGCAGCGGGAGGAGGAAGAGCAGAAGAGGGUGGAGGAAAAAAAGACAGAGCGCGAAAAGGAGGAGAAUCGGCAGAGAGAGGAGGAAGCGCGGAAGAGGGAGGAGGAACGGGUUGAGCGCGAAAAAGAGGAGAAGCGGCAGAGGGAGAAGGAAGAGCGGCAGAGGGAGGAUGAGAGAAGCGCGGAGCGCGAACAGGAGAAGAAGCGGCAGAGGGAGGAGGGAGAGCGGAAGGAGGAGGAAAAGAAGGUGGAGCGCGAGAAGGAGGAGAGGCGGCAGUGGGAGGAGGAAGAGCAGAAGAGGGUGGAGGAAAAAAAGACAGAGCGCGAAAAGGAGGAGACUCGGCAGAGAGAGGAGGAAGCGCGGAAGAGGGAGGAGGAACGGGUUGAGCGCGAAAAAGAGGAGAAGCGGCAGAGGGAGAAGGAAGAGCGGCAGAGGGAGGAUGAGAGAAGCGCGGAGCGCGAACCGGAGAAGAAGCGGCAGAGGGAGGAGGGAGAGCGGAAGGAGGAGGAAAAGAAGGUGGAGCGCGAGAAGGAGGAGAGGCGGCAGCGGGAGGAGGAAGCGCAGAAGAGGGUGGUGGAAAAAAAGACAGCGCGCGAAAAGGAGGAGAAUCGGCAGAGAGAGGAGGAAGCGCGGAAGAGGGAGGAGGAACGGGUUGAGCGCGAAAAAGAGGAGAAGCGGCAGAGGGAGAAGGAAGAGCGGCAGAGGGAGGAUGAGAGAAGCGCGGAGCGCGAACCGGAGAAGAAGCGGCAGAGGGAGGAGGGAGAGCGGAAGGAGGAGGAAGAGAAGGUGGAGCGCGAGAAGGAGGAGAGGCGGCAGCGGGAGGAGGAAGCGCAGAAGAGGGUGGUGGAAAAAAAGACAGCGCGCGAAAAGGAGGAGAAUCGGCAGAGAGAGGAGGGAGCGCGGAAGGAGGAGGAGGAACGGGUUGAGCGCGAAAAAGAGGAGAAGCGGCAGAGGGAGAAGGAAGAGCGGCAGAGGGAGGAUGAGAGAAGCGCGGAGCGCGAACCGGAGAAGAAGCGGCAGAGGGAGGAGGGAGAGCGGAAGGAGGAGGAAGAGAAGGUGGAGCGCGAGAAGGAGGAGAGGCGGCAGCGGGAGGAGGAAGAGCAGAAGAGGGUGGAGGAAAAAAAGACAGCGCGCGAAAAGGAGGAGAAUCGGCAGAGAGAGGAGGGAGCGCGGAAGGAGGAGGAGGAACAGGUUCAGCGCCAAAAAGAGGAGAAGCGGCAGAGGGAGGUGGAAGCGCGAAAGGAGGAGGAGGAACGGGUGGAGCGCGAAAAGGAGGAGGAACGGAAAAGGGAGGAGGACAAAAUGGCUCAGCGCGGAAUAGAGGAGAAGAGGCAGAGCGAGGAGGGCGAGCGAAAGAGGGAGGAGGAGGGGAAGGAGGAUCGCGAACAAAAGGAGAAGCUGCAGAGGGAGGAGGAACGGGUUGAGCGCGAAAAAGAGGAGAAGCGGCAGAGGGAGAAGGAAGAGCGGCAGAGGGAGGAUGAGAGAAGCGCGGAGCGCGAACAGGAGAAGAAGCGGCAGAGGGAGGAGGGAGAGCGGAAGGAGGAGGAAAAGAAGGUGGAGCGCGAGAAGGAGGAGAGGCGGCAGCGGGAGGAGGAAGAGCAGAAGAGGGUGGAGGAAAAAAAGACAGAGCGCGAAAAGGAGGAGAAUCGGCAGAGAGAGGAGGAAGCGCGGAAGAGGGAGGAGGAACGGGUUGAGCGCGAAAAAGAGGAGAAGCGGCAGAGGGAGAAGGAAGAGCGGCAGAGGGAGGAUGAGAGAAGCGCGGAGCGCGAACAGGAGAAGAAGCGGCAGAGGGAGGAGGGAGAGCGGAAGGAGGAGGAAAAGAAGGUGGAGCGCGAGAAGGAGGAGAGGCGGCAGCGGGAGGAGAAAGAGCAGAAGAGGGUGGAGGAAAAAAAGACAGAGCGCGAAAAGGAGGAGAAUCGGCAGAGAGAGGAGGAAGCGCGGAAGAGGGAGGAGGAACGGGUUGAGCGCGAAAAAGAGGAGAAGCGGCAGAGGGAGAAGGAAGAGCGGCAGAGGGAGGAUGAGAGAAGCGCGGAGCGCGAACAGGAGAAGAAGCGGCAGAGGGAGGAGGGAGAGCGGAAGGAGGAGGAAGAGAAGGUGGAGCGCGAGAAGGAGGAGAGGCGGCAGUGGGAGGAGGAAGAGCAGAAGAGGGAGAAGCGGCAGAGGGAGAAGGAAGAGCGGCAGAGGGAGGAUGAGAGAAGCGCGGAGCGCGAACAGGAGAAGAAGCGGCAGAGGGAGGAGGGAGAGCGGAAGGAGGAGGAAGAGAAGGUGGAGCGCGAGAAGGAGGAGAGGCGGCAGCGGGAGGAGGAAGAGCAGAAGAGGGUGGAGGAAAAAAAGACUGAGCGCGAAAAGGAGGAGACUCGGCAGAGAGAGGAGGAAGCGCGGAAGAGGGAGGAGGAACGGGUUGAGCGCGAAAAAGAGGAGAAGCGGCAGAGGGAGAAGGAAGAGCGGCAGAGGGAGGAUGAGAGAAGCGCGGAGCGCGAACCGGAGAAGAAGCGGCAGAGGGAGGAGGGAGAGCGGAAGGAGGAGGAAAAGAAGGUGGAGCGCGAGAAGGAGGAGAGGCGGCAGCGGGAGGAGGAAGCGCAGAAGAGGGUGGUGGAAAAAAAGACAGCGCGCGAAAAGGAGGAGAAUCGACAGAGAGAGGAGGAAGCGCGGAAGAGGGAGGAGGAACGGGUUGAGCGCGAAAAAGAGGAGAAGCGGCAGAGGGAGAAGGAAGAGCGGCAGAGGGAGGAUGAGAGAAGCGCGGAGCGCGAACCGGAGAAGAAGCGGCAGAGGGAGGAGGGAGAGUGGAAGGAGGAGGAAGAGAAGGUGGAGCGCGAGAAGGAGGAGAGGCGGCAGUGGGAGGAGGAAGAGCAGAAGAGGGUGGAGGAAAAAAAGACAGAGCGCGAAAAGGAGGAGACUCGGCAGAGAGAGGAGGAAGCGCGGAAGAGGGAGGAGGAACGGGUUGAGCGCGAAAAAGAGGAGAAGCGGCAGAGGGAGAAGGAAGAGCGGCAGAGGGAGGAUGAGAGAAGCGCGGAGCGCGAACAGGAGAAGAAGCGGCAAAGGGAGGAGGGAGAGCGGAAGGAGGAGGAAGAGAAGGUGGAGCGCGAGAAGGAGGAGAGGCGGCAGCGGGAGGAGGAAGAGCAGAAGAGGGUGGAGGAAAAAAAGACUGAGCGCGAAAAGGAGGAGACUCGGCAGAGAGAGGAGGAAGCGCGGAAGAGGGAGGAGGAACGGGUUGAGCGCGAAAAAGAGGAGAAGCGGCAGAGGGAGAAGGAAGAGCGGCAGAGGGAGGAUGAGAGAAGCGCGGAGCGCGAACCGGAGAAGAAGCGGCAGAGGGAGGAGGGAGAGCGGAAGGAGGAGGAAAAGAAGGUGGAGCGCGAGAAGGAGGAGAGGCGGCAGCGGGAGGAGGAAGCGCAGAAGAGGGUGGUGGAAAAAAAGACAGAGCGCGAAAAGGAGGAGAAUCGGCAGAGAGAGGAGGAAGCGCGGAAGAGGGAGGAGGAACGGGUUGAGCGCGAAAAAGAGGAGAAGCGGCAGAGGGAGAAGGAAGAGCGGCAGAGGGAGGAUGAGAGAAGCGCGGAGCGCGAACCGGAGAAGAAGUGGCAGAGGGAGGAGGGAGAGCGGAAGGAGGAGGAAAAGAAGGUGGAGCGCGAGAAGGAGGAGAGGCGGCAGCGGGAGGAGGAAGCGCAGAAGAGGGUGGUGGAAAAAAAGACAGCGCGCGAAAAGGAGGAGAAUCGGCAGAGAGAGGAGGAAGCGCGGAAGAGGGAGGAGGAACGGGUUGAGCGCGAAAAAGAGGAGAAGCGGCAGAGGGAGAAGGAAGAGCGGCAGAGGGAGGAUGAGAGAAGCGCGGAGCGCGAACCGGAGAAGAAGCGGCAGAGGGAGGAGGGAGAGUGGAAGGAGGAGGAAGAGAAGGUGGAGCGCGAGAAGGAGGAGAGGCGGCAGUGGGAGGAGGAAGAGCAGAAGAGGGUGGAGGAAAAAAAGACAGAGCGCGAAAAGGAGGAGACUCGGCAGAGAGAGGAGGAAGCGCGGAAGAGGGAGGAGGAACGGGUUGAGCGCGAAAAAGAGGAGAAGCGGCAGAGGGAGAAGGAAGAGCGGCAGAGGGAGGAUGAGAGAAGCGCGAAGCGCGAACAGGAGAAGAAGCGGCAAAGGGAGGAGGGAGAGCGGAAGGAGGAGGAAGAGAAGGUGGAGCGCGAGAAGGAGGAGAGGCGGCAGCGGGAGGAGGAAGAGCAGAAGAGGGUGGAGGAAAAAAAGACUGAGCGCGAAAAGGAGGAGACUCGGCAGAGAGAGGAGGAAGCGCGGAAGAGGGAGGAGGAACGGGUUGAGCGCGAAAAAGAGGAGAAGCGGCAGAGGGAGAAGGAAGAGCGGCAGAGGGAGGAUGAGAGAAGCGCGGAGCGCGAACCGGAGAAGAAGCGGCAGAGGGAGGAGGGAGAGCGGAAGGAGGAGGAAAAGAAGGUGGAGCGCGAGAAGGAGGAGAGGCGGCAGCGGGAGGAGGAAGCGCAGAAGAGGGUGGUGGAAAAAAAGACAGCGCGCGAAAAGGAGGAGAAUCGGCAGAGAGAGGAGGGAGCGCGGAAGGAGGAGGAGGAACGGGUUGAGCGCGAAAAAGAGGAGAAGCGGCAGAGGGAGAAGGAAGAGCGGCAGAGGGAGGAUGAGAGAAGCGCGGAGCGCGAACCGGAGAAGAAGCGGCAGAGGGAGGAGGGAGAGCGGAAGGAGGAGGAAGAGAAGGUGGAGCGCGAGAAGGAGGAGAGGCGGCAGCGGGAGGAGGAAGAGCAGAAGAGGGUGGAGGAAAAAAAGACAGCGCGCGAAAAGGAGGAGAAUCGGCAGAGAGAGGAGGGAGCGCGGAAGGAGGAGGAGGAACAGGUUCAGCGCCAAAAAGAGGAGAAGCGGCAGAGGGAGGUGGAAGCGCGAAAGGAGGAGGAGGAACGGGUGGAGCGCGAAAAGGAGGAGGAACGGAAAAGGGAGGAGGACAAAAUGGCUCAGCGCGGAAUAGAGGAGAAGAGGCAGAGCGAGGAGGGCGAGCGAAAGAGGGAGGAGGAGGGGAAGGAGGAUCGCGAACAAAAGGAGAAGCUGCAGAGGGAGGAGGAAGUGCGAAAAAGGGAGGAUGAGAAAAAGGCUGAGCGCGAAAAAAGGGAGUUGCGGCAGCGGGAGGAGGAAGAGCGGAAGCGGGAGGAGGAGAGGAAGGAGGAGCGCGAAAAAAAUGAGAAGCGGCAUAGGGAGGAGGAACGGGAGCGGAAGAGGCCGGAGGUCGAGGAUCGACCGGCGCGCGAAAAGGAAGCGAGGGAAAACGGGGAGCAGGAGCGUAAAAGGCUGGAGGCCAGGGAGCGGAAAGCGCGAGAUGAGCCGAGGGAAGGGGAGCGAGUGCGACAGAGGGUGGAGGCUGGAGGGCGAGAACCGCGCGAAAGGGAGGAGGCUCGGCAGGGGCAGGAACGGGAACGGAAGAGAGCCGAAAGCGAACGCCGAAAGCAUGAGCUGCUAAGUCUAGAGCGCGAAAGGCAAGUUGCAAGACAGAUGGGUGCAGCCGGGGAGAAUCUUGGUCUGGAGCGUCAGAGUGAUCGACUGGAGGAAAACGAUCGGCGUGUGAAUGGGGGCGCUUUAAAGAGGCACGAAAGGCAGAGAGAUGUUGCAGGGUUCGGUGAACAAGGCGCAGGAGGGCAGCGGCGUGGUGAUGGAACUCGUCACACGAACGAGGCCUUUAGGGGUGCGAGGGUCUUUCACGCGCAGAUGGGGCGACCUGCCGGGGAAGGAGCUCCACCAGGGGUAAAAGGCGACCAGGCAACCGGGGACCAGCAGGGGCCAACGCAUCGUAGGGCAGCGGAUUUGGGACCGAGACAGGGCAUCCAGCAGAAAGGUGGUCGGCGUGAUGAUCAAACAGGACGGAACAGGGUUGGCGAUGGUGACCGUAGGAGGAUCGAGCAGUCAAGGCAACCUGGUCGGCGAGAGGGUGAAGCGCGUUUAAUACCGCAGGGUGAGAGGGUUGCGGAGGAGCAUGUCUGGCGUGGGGUGGGAUUUGGAGUGGAGGAAGCGCACCGAAGGGAGAAUCAGCUGAGGGUUGCGGGUGGACGGGUGGAAGAGGAGCAGGAGAGCGCGGCUAGUGCGCUCCCUAUUCAGAGGAAUCGUCCGCGUGCGGCAGAGAAUCCUGCUGCGGGGCAGGGUGAGGAGCUGGAGGAGGGUGAAUGGGUGGCCUUGGAGACACAACUGCAGGAGCAGGAGAAAGAUGGGCCCCAGUUUUUCGAGGAAACGGCGGGUGGAUUUGAGGAGGCCGGAGACCGCAUCGCAGCUAACGGCAGGGUGCAUACCACACGGGAGUUAAUGCGGCGUCUGACAUUGGUGGCGAGGUCAGUUGCCAGGAUUUCGUCGGAACAAGGUGUUCGAUUCAGCGACUGCAUGGCCGAGAUUCGCCAGUUUGGUGCGCGGAUGCAGGGAUGGGAAGCAUCGUACUUGCAGGACUACGAUGAUCUGACAAACGAGUACCACACGCUAAAGGAUUCUGUUGUGCGAGAGCGCGAGGAGCUUCGGGAAAUCCGUUCUGCUCUUUUGACGUCUACGGCCGAGGCACGAGCGGCAGCAGCUGAUGCAGGUCGAGCAGCUGCAACGGCGGUUGUAGAAGCAUUGCAGGAAAAGCUCGAGGGGUUUUCCGAGGCGUUUCUAGAAAGGCUGAAGGGUGUUGUGGCGCAGGCGCUAGAGCAAGCGUCAAAAGAAGGGAAGCUUGAGUCCACGAUCGCAUCCGUCUCCAUCGAAUACCUGGAAAAGACUAUCGAGAAUAGCGUAUACACAGUGUGGGAGGAUCUCAGAGUUGCGGAAGACAAGAACUCUCAGAGUUUCAAAGCUAUUCAGAAGGCUCUUGCAGGAAUGACAGCAAAGCCCCGUGGGCGGACUGGACCCAUCCACGUCGGAAAUCCACACGCCGCCAGACCAGAUGCCACAAAGCUCAAAGGGCGGACGGGAGCCAUCAACGUCGGAAGUCCUCUCCCCGCCAGACCAGAUGGGCGGACGAGAGCCAUCAACGUCGGAAGUCCUCUUCCCGCCAGACCAGAUGCCACCAAGCUCAAAGGGCGGAUUGGACCCAUCAACGUCGGAAAUCCUCUCGCCGCCAGACCGGCCGGAACAAAGCUCAAAGGGCGGACUGGACCCAUCAACGUCGGAAAUCCGCAAGCCGACAGACCAGAGGCCACGCCAAACUUUUCGCGACCGCAGGGCGAAGCAGACUCACCAGACAUCCCUAUCGCCGCUGCACAUAAAGUAAUGGAAAGGUUUGUCGCGACCUCUGAGGGCGAGACGGGUGAGGCGGGUGAGGUGGGCGCUGGUGUGGCAGAUGUUGACUUGCGGGUCGAGCGUGAAAGCGAGGAGAAGCGAAAGCGGGAGGAGCACGCAAAGGCGGUGAAGAGGCGGGCACAAUUGGAGGCAGAAUUAGAAGCAAAGCGUGAUCGGAUAGCAAAAUUCGCUGAAGCGAAGCGGUUGGAGGCCGAAAAGCGCAAAAAGGACCUCGAAAUAGAGCGGCGGAAAGCGCAGCAGGAGAUGGAGCGUAUUGCACGGUUGGAGGAAGCCGCAAAGGAGGAGGAGGAGAUGCAACGAAAGGUCUUAGCGGUAGAAACGGAGAAAAUGGAAAAGGAAAAGCGUAGAAUUGCGGGAGAGAAUGUGGAUGCGGCAGUGGAGCAAGGGCAGGGAGAAGAGGCGGAAGGUGGAGAAGAGGCGGAAGGUCUAGUGUGUGCCGGGACUCUAAAUGUGAUUUGCAUGGUUCCGGAAGAACCACUGCAAGUAUUGGACCUGGAGGAGGAGCAAGAUGAUUCAGUGCAUCUGAACGGCCCAGGUGAUUCAGAGACUCAACCGCCUUCGAAAAGGCCUCGCAUAGAGCACACGGGAACGAACACGGACGCAGAUGAAGGGUCUUUUGGAGAUGCUGAGUCAGAGGAUGCAGUCGGUGAAAAUGUGUCGGGAAAUCAGAAUGUUCAACCCAUGUUGGGAGAGGCGGCAGACGAGGUGGCACAGCGAAGGAUCGAUGUGCUACCAGACGAGCUAGGAAAGAGAUGGGGGGAAACAAAGCAUUUCAGAUCGAGUGGUCUUACUACACGCGAAAAGAAGAACAAGGACGGGGUGGUGACCGUGCGCUACAACUCGGAGCAGACCGUCGGAGGUGUGAAGAGGAACAUGGGGAGCUUCAAGGAGAAGAAACUGCGCGACUUCACGGUGGCCGUUUGUUGGAUGGCCUAUAUCCCCGACACGGACAUGGUCCAUUACGGCAUGGAUCAUGUCGAGGUUGGAGAGUGGGCGGUCCACCUCGAAUUCGCUCGUGAACUCCCGACAGGUGUCUGGAGUGUUAUGAACGAACUGAACCUGGACAAAUUCGAGAACUUCGACAACGUGAUGAAAAAAGCAUACGCACGGGUGAAAGAAGGCGCACAUUUCCAGGUGGCUGUUUGUACGGGGAUUGGACAGGCCCUGGUCCACGGAGGGGUCGGGCUGGUGUCGGCCCCGCGGUCCGCGGUCUAUGCAGCGGGAGUGGCUGCAACCCUCUAUACCCUGUGGUGUGCCUCGAUCGGCAUUCCCCACCAAGACUGGGCGGAGGGUGCGGAUGAGGCGGCUCGUGGCACGCUUAACGAGGGAAGCCUUGCGUUUCGAGCAACCUCAACGGCUCGGCUCGGAGUGUGGGCUUUAAAAUCGGUCAAGAACCAAACGCACGAAAAGGCAGACUGGGAAGGGGUUCUCACCAAAGCUAUUCUCAACCUUGUGGAUCCCGAGCCUGGGGAGACAGAGGCUAUUGAAAUGGCAAAAGUGGUGUCGAGGGUGCUUGUGUACUGGUGCGAGUGCUGUCUUGCGGCACAAAGCCUUUACACGUAUCAGGGUGGGAUGCUCCAUUUUCCCCAACCCACGAAAGGGGGACGGCGGAAGGCGAAUGCGGCAGGCAACGAGUGA